AGGAAAAAAGAGCAGAUACUCUAUAACUCCGGCGCUGACCAACUGGUCACCCGGCCCCCCGGCCUCCCGCAGUCGAGCGUGCGGGUCGCAUCCCCGUCACUGCUCAAACCCCAGACCGCCGUAUCUUCCUCCGCACGAUCGACCAGCACCUCCCGCUCAUUCACAUCCUUGAUGAACCUUACCAUCACAACCUCCCCGUCCCUCCACCUCCUCCUCCUUACCCCCGCCACCGGGGCGCAACACCACCCCACCUCAGCACGGGAAGGCCAAAGGCCACCUCUGCCACCCCGAUCUCAAGUAGGGUCAGUACUGCCGUCUAGUACAUCUUCUUGGAGAAUUAUGGAGUCUAGCCUCCCGGUGCCGUACGUCCCACGGGCCGCGGAUCGCGAGUACGGUGAAACGCCCGAUUGCAGAGGUGACGGAGAGGAGGACGAUGAGGAAGGUGAAUGUCACGGCUCGCUUCUCAGCCGAGGUGAGGCGGAAGGAACGGGGGAUGCGGUGUGGGAGGGCGAAUACUGGGGAUGUUAACUACGGUAGUAGGGGAUGGAGAUGGGGAAACGGAAAGAGGUAGGCGACUUACGCAGGAGAUCAGUCGUGACGGUGAGCACCAGGAUUAUAAUAUGCGUCCGCAGCCAGAUCAUGGGGAACACAUCUUCAUGGUGCGGAGAAGGUUCGGAAUGUCCC